AUUUCUUUUCAUGGUCCGUCCACCAAUUGCCAAAAGUGGCCCAAUCAGAAGAAGAAGGGAGGAGAUGCUUGGAAAAGGCAGGCCCACUUUCUCCCAAAGUGUACAGAGCAGUGUCCAUAGUUGCAGGCAGAAGCGACAGGUGGCAGAAUACAGAUCACUGCCCUCCAUUCGCCUAGAUGGCUGGCACGGCACGGCACGACCGGGAGAUGGCAAUCCAGGCCAAAAGAAAACUUGCCCAAACAACUGAUCCUAUCGAGAGGCUUCGGCUCCAGUGCCUGGCAAGGGGAUCUGCGGGCAUCAAAGGACUUGCCAGGGUCUUCCACAUCAUGGAUGAUGACCGCAAUAGGACUCUUGAUUUCAAAGAGUUCCUGAAAGGCCUUCAUGAUUAUGCUGUGUUGAUCGAAAAAGAAGAUGCUGAAAAGAUUUUCCAAAUCUUUGAUAAAGAUGGGAAUGGAAAAAUUGACUUUGAUGAAUUUCUCCUAACAUUAAGACCUCCAAUGUCUAAUGCAAGAAAAGAAAUAAUUCUGCAAGCCUUUCGAAAGCUAGACAAGACUGGGGAUGGCAUUAUCACCAUUGAAGAUCUACAAGGAGUCUAUAAUGCAAAGCAUCACCCCAAGUACCAGAAUGGAGAAUGGUCAGAAGAUCAAGUUUUUAGGACUUUUUUGGAUAACUUUGAUUCACCUUAUGAUAAAGAUGGACAGGUUACAACAGAUGAAUUCAUGAACUAUUACGCAGGCGUCAGCGCUUCAAUAGAUACCGACAUCUAUUUCAUUCUGAUGAUGAAAAAUGCUUGGAAAAUCUGAUUGUGUAAAAUGAAAUUCUCCUCCUUCUUGUGGUUGUUGUCUGACAUGCAGGGCAAUGUGGUUGCAUUCAUUGUAAUUACUAAUUGCAUUAAUUAUUACAGUACAUUUUAAUUACCAUUAUUAUUAUUAUUCCUGUUGUUUUUGUAGGACCAUUCUUUGAAUAAAAUGUUCAAUACCUA